AUGGCCCGCACCAAACCAGACGGCGAUGGCGAUGCCGUCGCCCAUCUUAGCGAGGAUCUUGAGCCGAUCCACUUGGCUGACCAAGAUGACUAUGAUCUAGCGUUGAACAACCAGCCCCCUUCUUCAGAACCACCCGGGAUCGGCUCCCUCGGAGUGCACGUCAAGGAAGUGAUUGCAACCAUCAACCGGCUCGAAGGUCUUGGGUUGCAGCGCAUGGAAAUCCCUCCCCCAAAAUGCAUCGUCUUGGGUGAACAGUCAGCGGGAAAAUCAUCCGUCAUCGAGGCGAUAUCCGGCAUAAAGCUCCCUCGGGCUGAUGGAACCUGCACUCGUUGCCCCUUGUUCAUCAAGCUUGAGCCUUCCGAAGAUCCCCCCGCCAACUGGAGUGCAAGUGUGAGCUUCCGCCGCGAAUUCAACUACGAUGGCAAGACCGGUAGAGGAGCUGACCGUCGGUUUCCCGGAUGGUUCCGUUUGUCGCAGCCAAGCAUCGUACACUUUGCAGCCACUGAAGAUGCCAAUGAUCUCGAGAAUAUCAUAAUUCGGGCACAGCGCGCAACUGUCAGCCCUCUGGUUGAUUUUCGAGAGUUUCUGCGCCCGUGCCUGCCCAACGAAAAAGACCAUCAUCACUGCGAUUUCAGCCCUAAUAUUGUCUGCAUUUCCAUCACUCAGCCAGCCUUGCCUGCAUUGAGCUUUUACGACUUGCCCGGAGUCAUUGGACAGGCAGAGACCGAAGAAAGCCAGUUUCUUGUCAAGUUUGUCCGCGAUCUGGUAACGGACUAUGUCAAGGACCCUGAGACUCUCAUCCUUGUAUGUUGCUCACUGGAAACUGACAUGGCCAACUCCACUGCUGGCGGCAUUGCAAGGCAGUUAAAGGCAACUGAUAGAUGCAUUGGUGUACUCACCAAACCCGAUCGCUUGCCAGAUGGAUCGCGCCACGACAAGUUGGUGGAGGUAUUCGACCAGAAGCGCUUCGUGCUAGGCCAUGGCUACUUUGUCCUCAAAAACCUCAAUCAAGACCAGAUCAAUGCAGGUAUCACCCACCAACAAGCUCGCGCCCAAGAGCAAGACUUUUUCAGCCAAGAUGCCACUUGGUCGACAUUCAAGGACUACCAGCACCGCUUUGGCACGGUUAACCUUCAAAGGUUUCUUUCUCGAAAGCUUGCUGAGCAGAUUAUCAAGAAGUUGCCCAUCAUCGAGGAGCAGAUCAACAUGCGUCUCGGCCAAGUCGAGACUGGUCUUGAGCAAUUUCCUGAGCCACCCACGCACAACGCUUCUCGCAUCAUCUCGGAUGUCAUCUUGGACUUCUCGCAAGAGCUGCGCAAGGAGAUCGAAGCCGAGUUCCCAUACAAGGUGUGGCGCAACAACUGGCGAGCACUGCAAAAGGCCUUUUUUGAAGCACUGAUCAAGAUGAAGCCGACUAUGCAGACUAGGGGAGAGGAAGACGAGUCUGUCUAUGACAAGAUACUGGCAACGCUUCCUGGCAGUUCAGCCAAAAAGCCGAUUCCAAUCACGGAUGAGGACGACGACACGGAUGACUACGACGAUGAAGAUGAAGGCUCCCCCGCGCUGAACACGGUGGAGACUCCGACGAAGAAGCGAAAGGUUAUGCAUCCGCCCGUACCAUCACCAGCCAAGACGCCUGGCCGACGAGCAGCAUCCAAGGCGCCAGAGGAAACCAUGCCUCCACUCUUCCCAGACUUCAGCAGCCUUCGGAAACACUUCUCUCUCGACGGCGUCCGGCAGUACCUAGCUGAGAACUCGCAGUCGCGAAUCCCCGGGCAGAUCGAGCCGCGGGUCAUCAACAACAUGAUGCUCGAAGCAAUCGAGCACUGGGACAAACCGCUCGACCACUUCUUCACCCUGCUAACGAACCAGGUCAAAGCGCACGUGCACACGGUAUUCCAGAAGCACUUCAAGAGCCGCGAGGGCUCCAUGUUCCACGCGCACGCGUGGAAAAUGGUCGAGCAAAUGCUCGAUCUAAACUGCCACCAGCAGCGCACCACCAUGGCCGACGAGACUACGCGCAAAGACACCACGGCGGCCGACGAGGACAAACUCAAGAAAGAUGAGCGCGCCAUGGCGGUUCUGCGCCACGAGCCGUACGAAGUCGAACUCGGCGUUGUAGCCCAGGUAUACACGUACUAUGUACUUGCGGCCCGCCGCUUCCACGACGCCGUGUGCAUGCGGAUUGAAUCGCAGUUUUACAAGCAGCUUCGCACGCAGAUGCGGGAUGAGCUGGAGAAUGGGCUGGGGCUGAAUGAUAGUCGCGAAGGUCACCAAAACGCAGUACGUCUCCUAGCUGAAUCGCCGCAGCGCUAUAAUCAGCGUAGGGAACUGCUUGGACAGCGCGAUUCGCUGGUGCAGGGCCAGAAGAUUCUCAAGGACCUCCAGAUGAAGCAGUACGGUGGUGGUGGUGCGAGUACUGCAAGCUCCCAGACUGCCAGUGUUCGCACGCCGCUUUCAGGAGAGGAAUUGGACGACUUGGAUACUGCUUAG